CUUUGCUGCAGGUGAGUUCAUUAAUCCUGCACAUAGUUAUUAUUGUCAGUCUCAACAUAUUGGUAUUCUGUGAUUACAGUGAAAAAAGUAAUACAAAACCCUAAUCCGGGACACAGAGAUAUGGGUUUGGAGAGUGUUGGAGAUCUACCUUUGAAGGAAAUUUUAUCAAAAUUAGGCCCAAAACACACCGCUAUUGUUGCUUGUUUUAACAGAGGGUUGAGGAAUAUUGCCUCUGAAGAUUCUCUCUGGCGCAAAUUCUGCAACGAUGAGCUUGGUCUACAUUCCCCUGUUAAUCUUUAUGGCAACUCUCUUCCCUCCUUUAAGGAGACUUACCAGGCAUGGCGGGAAUCUUUUAAUAGGUAUCCCUGGCCUCUUGUUAUACGUGUUAAAAGAUGUUGCGAUAGACUUAAAAACUGGUUGACCAUCAACCUUCCAGAGGCAAAGGCUACACUUCGAAAGGGUGCAUCAGAAGCAGAUAUCCAAAAGUUAGAGGAAAUUUUGAAAGUGAAGUUGCCUCUCCCUACGAGGAUUCUGUACCGCUUAUGUGAUGGUCAGGAAUGCUCAGCUUAUGAUUCUGAUUGUCCAGUUGGUUUGGGUCUUAUUGGUGGCUACUGUUUUAAUGAUCGUUCAGUUAAUGUGUGCCUGUUUCCUUUAAGGCAAAUAAUCAAGGGAACAAUGGAGAUUGCACGACAUGGCUUAUCUUUUAACAGCAGAUCUAAGUAUAUCGUUGUGGCAGGUUCUUUGAUACCUGGCUAUAAGUUUUUCUUCCUCAACUGUACCGAUGGCCAACUCUAUGUUGGUACUAGUAAUUUUCUUCCAGAUGGAGAAAUGCUUCCAUGCGUUCCAAAUAAUCUGAUAAAUUUGCAAAAUGCUAGCAGUGAUCAGCAGCAGGAUGCCAUGCUACUAUGGUUAGAAGAGCAUGCCCGGCGCUUAGAAAAUGGGAUCAUCAAAAUUCGCAAAGAAGGAAAUAUCCGAAGUAUUAACCUCUUUCCUGAAAAACCUCCCCUCUGUUCCACUGCUAUAACCAAUGGUGUGAGGGUUCGUGCCUCUUCUGUAUUUAUUCCGGAGGCAGCUAACCUUCAAGAUCAUUCUGAGAAGUACUUGUUUGCAUAUUCAAUCCGCAUGUCCCUCAUGCCUGAAGGAUGCAUCACUGGUGGCAUGAAUAUCAGCUCCUGUCAGCUGCACCGGAGGCACUGGGUUAUUUGUGCUAAUGAUGUUGUAGUUUCAGACAUUAAUGGAGAGGGUGUGAUUGGAAUGUCUCCCCUCCUGCGUCCAGGUGAGGAAGAAUUUGUUUAUGAGAGCUGCACACCUCUACCAACUUCAUCAGGUUCUGUCAGAGGUUCUUUUACGUUUGUCCCUGGCAGAUUGGGAGACCCAAAAGAUGGUCCAUUUGAAGCCGAGGUGGCGGAGUUCUCCCUCUCUCGGCCAGACUACAUCUUCUAAGAACCAUGGACAUAUAUAUAUGUAUGUAUGUAUGUAUGUAUGUAUGUUAAUAAAUAAGCAAAUACAAUUAUUUGCAUUCGUAUAUUUGACUUGCUUAGCCUGGUGGCUGUGGGAAGGUAGCUCCGUAGACGGAAACCUCAUAUGUAACCUGUUUACUUGUAAUGCCUUACUUUGGUUACCACACCGUGAUUUCGGAUUGGCUGAACCUGCGGAUCAGUCAGUGGAAUGAAGGUCCAGGAGACAUCGUUUGUGUGGCAUGUAUGCAGCUGACCACCUUCUGGAUAUAUUGUGCAAAUGUAACUGGGCAAGUAGUCCCUUCUCAUGAACCUGGAUGGUCCUUUCUAUUUUCUUUCCAGAUUUGCCAGAUUGAGUGUUGUGAAGUAUUAGUAACUUGUUGCUGCUUAUUUGGACUGAAAAGCUCUUUGUGUUUCAUGAAGUGGUUUGUUUGAAGUAAUUUGGGAAUCA